AUGAAAUCUAUUGCUGUUCUCGUACUACUUGUCGUAUGUAUCGGUGCUCUAAACGGUGCCAAACGUAGAGCCCGACAAACCGACAAAUCACAGUUUGACCCGAAAAAGACCUAUGAUUUUACCGAUAAAGUUGUGUUGACUACCGGUUCGAGCAGUGGUAUCGGCGCUGAAAUUGUCAAAUUGUUUUCACAAUUUGGUGCCAAAGUAGUGGUCACCGGUAGAAACGCUACAGAAGUUCAACGAGUGGCCAAUGAGUGUGAAAAGCUAUCACCAAAAAAACUAAAGCCAUUACAAGUGGUGGCCGAUGUUUCUGAUGACAAACAAUUAAAUAAUUUGCUAAAGAAAACAAUCGAUACGUACGGAAAGUUAGAUGUAUUGGUCAAUAACGCCGGUAUGGGAGGACUAACACCUAUAGCUGACCCUAAAUUUAUGACAGAUUUCGAUAAGAUUAUGUCAGUUAAUCUAAGACCUUAUGUUCAGUUGAGUCAUCUGGCAGUACCUUAUUUAAUGAAAACUAACGGCUCUAUUAUUAGUACAUCGACCGGUUUGACAAUGUCACCGGCUAAAUAUCAAUUGGCUUAUAUUAUGUCCAAAGCAGCGAUCGAUAUGAUGACACGUGUGUUGGCACUGGAAUUGGGACCUAAUAUUCGGGUCAAUUCUAUUAAUCCCGGAUUGACUCAAACCGGUUUUCUGGAUCCCCCGGCUAACUCCAAUAUAGAUCCGGCUAUAAUACAAGGAUUCGUUAAUUUUGUUGCCGGACGCACACCAUUGAAACGUUUGGGUCAACCCAUGGAUAUGGCUAAGGGUGUAGUAUUUUUGGCCAGUGACCAGGCAUCAUUUAUUACCGGAAUUAAUCUGGUUAUUGAUGGCGGAUUAGUUCAUAAUUUUGGUGGAAUAAUGGAUAAUUUUCAAUUAUAA